AUGGAGGCCGUCACCCGGUCGCUGCUGAUGAUGAAAAUGCUGGUUGUGGUGCUGGUGCUGCCGCCGACAGUGCUGCCUACAUCGCAGCUCCUGACAGAACUGCCCGCCGAAGGCGGGUGCCGCUCGGAGCCGCUGUCGGCCGCGCUGGCCGCCCUCCUGACGUUGAACCCGCCGUCCGAGGUCACCAUCGUCGGCACCGACAGCGGUCGGGAGGCGGCCGGCUGCCUGACGCGCCGCCUCUGGGCCGCCGGCGUGGCCACGGCGCACGAGACGGCGUCCUCCGAGCACGGCGGCGGCACGCUGGCCGUGCUCGGUACGGCCCGGGACGUGGCGGCGGCGUACCGGCGCGUGCGGCCGCCGGGGCCCGUCCACCGGACCGCCUGGUUCGUGGCCGUGCUCGGCAAUGUGUCCGAGGUGGCGGCGCCGCUGGCCGGGGCGCUGCACGAGUCGCAGCGCGUCACCGUGGCGCUGUGCCCGUCGGCGGCCGGCUCGCCGUGCGCGCUGCUGGCCUCCUCCUCUCCGGGCGACGGCUCGGUGCGUCUGUCGGCGGUGGGCGCCGUCACCGACGGCCGGGUGACGCUGUCGGCGCCGCCGCCCGACUGGCGGCUGCGCCACCUCGGCGGACGGCCGCUGCGAGUGGCGCUCACCACCGCCGGAGCUCCGUCCGAGCCGUGCACUCAUGACCUGUUCGGCUACCGGCCGCUGCCCGACGGCGGCGCCCACUUCUGCGGCUACCUCGGGGAGACGUUCGCGCUGCUCGCGGCACACCUGCGAUUCCGGAUAGAGGCGAAGAUUAUUGGCGGCUGUGGCAUGACCCUCACCAACGGCUCGGCCUACGGUCGGCUGGCGGCACUGCAGCGCGGCGAGGCCGACAUCGGGGUGGGCAGCUGCACCGUCAUGUACGAGCGGGUGCGCGCCGUCGACAUGGCCGAGUGGCAUUGGACCGGUACCACCACGUUCGCGUCUGCGUCGCUCCGACCGGCCAGCUCGGCGUUCUUGCUGUUCGAGGUGUAUCGUCCGGCGGUGUGGGCGCUGGUGCUGGCGCUGGCGCCGGCGGCGGCCGCGCUGCGCUGGCUGACGGCCGCCGCCGAGCGCCGCUGUCGGCUGCCCAGCCGCCGGCAGCGCUGGUCGCCGCUGCUGCUCGAGUCGGUGGCGCUGCUCUCCGGCCAGGGCGUGUCGGCGCGCGGCGCCGGCGCCGCCGGCCGCACGGUCGUCUUCUUCCUGUAUGUGGUGACGGUGACGCUGGCGGCCGUGUACGCCGGCAACCUGACCGCCUUCCUGUCGCUGCCGCGCUGGCAGCCGCCGCUCGACUCGCUCGAGCAGCUGGCCGACUCGGACGUGCAGCCGCACGUGGUGCGCGGCCACAGUCAGUUCCACAUGUUCCAGAACCAGACCACCGGAGCGCGCGGACGCAUCUGGGCCAAAAUGACCGCCUGUCCCGAUUGCAUCCACCGCUCAACCACGUCCACAUACACCACAUCCUUUCUGAAACGAAUCGCCUGCGGGGAGGCCGUCCUGUUUCAAAGUCCUCGUUCGCUGAUCAAUCGCGCCCACCGCUUGAUGGAGGAAACUGGUCAGACCAGCGAACGCUGCCCGUUCCACCUGGCUCGCGAGAACCUGCGGCGCGACUUUUACGCCAUGAUGUUGCAGAAGAACAGCAUGUACACGCCGCUGCUGGACGACUCGAUCCGGUGGCUGAAGCAGUUCGGCAUCGUCCAGUACCUGUACCGUCGUAACGUUCCGUCCCGGUGCGGCGGCCCGGCGACCGGAGCCGCCGUCUCCGCCGCCCCCAAAAUGAACCUCUCCGUGCUGCGCGGCCCGUUCUUCUGCUGGAUGGGCGGCAUGGCGCUGGCGUGCGUGGCAUUCUUCGUAGAAAGACUGUCAGCGUUUGGAAGCAGCAAACCGACGGUGCUUCAAGGGAAUGUGAAAUAGUGGUAGCUGGUAGUGUAAAGAGACGAAAUUUAUGGGAAGGGUAUGGUAACCAUGUUGAAAAGUGCGUGAUAGGGAACUAGAUGGCUGCUGAUUACCCAGACGCAAGUCCAGCAGAUGAAGCGCUGGCUAUCAGGGUCCGCAAGGCAUUCAGCACAGACGGCCAGAUCAAAUACUGAUGGGAAAAGAUAGUCAAAGAUAAUGAAGCUCACACGUCGGAUAUCUAGUAGAAAGAGCUGCUUCUUGAAUGUGUCGCAUUCCACUCGCGGCGCGACACUAUCUAUUGCAUUGCUUAGCUGAUGAAACAC